AUGGCGGCUGCUUCUUCUUCUUCAUCAUCCAUACAAACUAGAAGCAAAAAAGUAGCUAUGCUUUCAACUAAUGUUUAUUUACCAGAUGAAUGUUGGAAAUAUAUCUUCAAAUUCCUUAUCAACCAUGACACCGAACACAGUCACCGUCGCUACUUUCAUCUGAAGUCUCUUCCCCUCGUCUCCAAACAGUUACUCUCCAUCACAAACCUUCUUCGAUCAUCUCUCACUAUCUAUAAUCCAACAUGCCAAUUCUUCCAUAGAUUCUCCAACGUCGCCUCCCUCGACCUAUCCUGCUACGACGGUGAUCUUGACGAUCUUCUCGUCCAAAUUUCUUGUUUUCCAUUGAAAAUCACAUCACUCAAUAUCUCAAACCAACUCAAGAUUCCAACAAAGGGACUGCGAGUUUUCUCCAAAAACAUUACAACUUUGACAUCUCUCGUAUGUUCCAACAUUGCUACUCUCUAUUAUACCCAUAUGUUAUUCAUUGCUGAAUGCUUCCCUCUCCUCGAAGAACUUGACCUCAGUAAACCUACAAGGUUUAUAUUUGAUAAAACUGCCUUUUUCCCUGCACAAGCUCUUUCGUUGGCACUGCCCGAACUCCGCCAAGUUAACUUGUCUCGUAAUUCCUAUAUCUCCAACGAAUUACUUUUCUACUUGUUCAAGAAUUGUAAACUUCUUGAAGAGGUUUGUUGA